UUGCCACUUAAUUCGUGCAGCACCAAUCGGUUAUAUAGCGUACGGCCGGACAACAGAGCAGAGGCUGGGUACCACAUUGGGAGAUGCCUUUCUUUUGAUUUCGUGUUUUAAAGAAACUUUGUGCUUACAGGGUUUUCUUUCCUUUGAGCUCAAAUGAUCGCGCAGGCAUCUUUAUCGCCAUUUUACCCCAGCCGGUGGCCCGGACGAAAAAUGUUGUCGGGAUGAGUCCGUAGCUUUUCAUCGGUAAGCAAAACGAAAUGUGAUUGAGUUCGCUUUGUGAGCCGUUAAAUAAUACGAACCGUUGUAUGGUAUCCGAAUGAAACGCUGCGCAUUGCGGUGCGGUUUGUUUUCGUUUCGUCUCAUAUUUUGGAGCAUCGGGCAUCCCCUCCUCUCCCACGCAUCACCUAAUCGAUAAUCGAUUACAUGGACUUGGGGCAGAUGUCACGCUUUCUUCUAUGCCAUCAUUGCUGCAUGUGAUACACUGCAGCUCUAUUUGGGACAUUACUGGUUCUUCUGUGUCAUAAAUGAAAAACAAACCCUACCCUCUAAAAUUCACACCACCAUGGGAGAAGAAUGCUGGCUUUGGAAGGAAACACAAAUCUUGCACAAGAAGUCACACCAAAAUAAUAGCCAACCCUGGAAUUGUGAUGAAAGUGCUACGGCGGAAGAAGAUAAUCAUGUUUCUGGCCUAUUUUCUGCUGGUGGCUCUGACCAUGCUGAACCUGGCUAAUUACAAAUGGACCAAAGAGCCUCAGCAAUGCAACCAGCCAGUGCAGGGAGUGAACUUCCAAAGCAGAUCAGACAUCCGUUACCUUUACAAAGCACCGCAGGUCAAGAAAAGGCAGCUGGUGUACGUGUUGACCACUUGGAGGUCCGGCUCGUCUUUUUUUGGGGAGCUUUUCAACCAAAACCCAGAUGUGUUUUUCUUGUAUGAGCCUAUGUGGCAUAUUUGGCAGAAGCUGUACCCGGGGGAUGCGGUGUCCCUCCAAGGAGCAGCCAGGGACAUGCUGAGUUCUCUUUACAGGUGUGAUUUCUCAGUUUUUCAGUUGUACAACAGUCCUGGGGGGAAGAACAUAACCUCUCUUGGACUGUUUGGGGCUGCCAUAAAUAAGGUCAUCUGCUCCUACCCCUUCUGUUCGUCUUACAGGAAAGAUGUGGUGGGAAUGGUGGAUGAAAAGGUUUGUAAAAAGUGCCCUCCACAGAGCCUUCAGAUGCUGGAGGAAGAGUGUUUAAAAUACAACACGAUAGUGAUAAAGGGAGUUCGCAUUUUGGACGUUAACAUUCUGGCUCCUCUAAUGGAGGACCCGUCUCUGAAUCUGAAAGUGAUCCACCUGGUUCGAGACCCCAGGGCGGUGGCCAACUCCAGGAUUAAAUCUAGACAUGGACUCAUUCGGGAGAAUUUGCAAGUCGUACGCAGCAGAGACCCCAAACUUCGUCGUGUGCCAUUUGUGGACCCCAACCACAAAAUGAACAAAAAAGACGGUUCAGACUACCACUCCAUCGGAGCCAUGGAGGUGAUCUGUGAACAGAUGUCUAGAACUCUGAAAACUGCUCUUUACCCUCCCAACUGGUUCAAAGGCAAAUACAUGACGGUACGCUACGAGGACUUGGUGGAGAACCCCAUAAAAACUGUUCGGAAUGUUUAUCGCUUUGUUAAUCUUUCAGCCAAUCACGAAAUUGAGAUCUUUGCUAUGAAUAUGACAACAGGACCAAACGCCUCCACCAAACCCUUCAUCGUAUCCUCCAGGAACGCGACACAAGCGGCCAGCGCCUGGAGAACUGUGCUGAACUACCAGCAGAUCAGACAGGUGGAGGAGUAUUGUCAGCACGCGAUGUCUCUGCUGGGAUACCUGCGCGUUCGUACAGCCGGUGAGGCUAAGGAUUUGAGCAGACCGCUAUUGACAGUACCCAAAAUAUGAAUCACCGCCAAAGACGUUCUAUGUUUUGCAUUUGUGCUGAUAACAGCCUGAUACUCCUCAUUCUGUACAAACUGUUAUUUAUGUUCAACGCUUAAUGGCUCAGUGGAAUGUAUCUGUUUGAAUCAUACUGUGCACAGCCACAUCCUGUUUGUUGGGACAAGAAUAUUGUCUGUGCAUCACCACCUGUUUGAGCAAAUAAGAAAGAAAAAAAAAGAAAAAAACUUUGUGAAUGACGUGUCAUUGAUUAUUAAAGGUACGCCAAGAUAUUUAUUUAAUCAAAACAUUUAGAUUUUGCAUUUACUGCUUUCAGCACUGCACAAACUAAAGAGGUUAUGUAAAUAGCAAUAGACUCACUGUCCUGUGUGUCUAAUUCAGAUGGGUGCAGUUCUGAUCGAAUCAUUGAGAUGUGCUCUAGUUACUGUAGACUUUGUCUCUGGGUUAACACACUAAAACAUAUCAUUCUUGUUAUGCAGUACAUUUUCAUGUCCCCAUCAUGUCUUAGUUUAUGGGGUAAAAUAUGAAACACAAUUUUCUAUUGGUUUUUAAUUCUUAAUUAAUUUUCGAUCCCAAAUACUUUUGCUAUAGUCAAAAAUAGUUUAAACACUUUUCAAAAAGAAAAAGUCUGAAAGAAAGUAAUACAGUUUUCCACAGAAGAAAGUCAUGUUUAGAACAACAUGAGGGGGAAUAAACGAUGGCAGAACUUUCCAGAACUAUUCCAUAUGUUUCUUUUUUUCCUUUCUGUAACUGAAAUGUUUUGAAAAAAAUGUUCUCUAUCUAUCUAUCUAUCUAUCUAUCUAUCUAUCUUGGUAACACUUUAGUAGGGAACAUGUAUUCACUAUUAACUACGACUUUCCCCUCAAUAAACUCCUAAUUUACUGCUUAUUAAUAGUUAGUAAGUUAGUUGUUAAGUUUAGGUAUUAUUGGGUAGGAUUAAGAAUGUAGAAUAAGGUCAUCUUUCUAUCUAUGUUUGUCUAUCUGUCUGUCUUUCUAUCACCGUCUAUCCUGUUUUAUCUUGUAAUAUCACUUUAACAAAAGCCAGUUCCUUAAUGACAUCAUCCUAUGAAAUGACAGUUUUGAGCAGGAAAACAACAACAUCGCUAGCAGUGUAUUUGAUGAAUUCUGUGAUGUUGGUAUUGUGUUAUAAUUCAGUUUAUUUCACUCAACAUUCCAUCUUGAGUGAUAAAAUUACAGAAAUUGUAAUAUCAAUACUUUUAAAGAUGGCUCAAGUUGAUGCUCUUGUGUAAGCUAACUCACAGUCAGUCUCUCUGAGCAAUGGCUAACUUAAGCUCUUCAUUUCCAUCCUGUUAUGCAAAUUACAAUAAAAUUUUAGGUGCUUGAGCUUGACCUGAAAAUAUUUCUAAAAAUCUUCUACACCCUUUAAUAGAAAUUCUUACAUGUUAUAGAGCUUCAAAGGUACUGCAUAACAGGAAUGACCCAAUCACUGUAUAUUAACGUGGUUCACAUUACAGUAAGAGGGUUUGAGAGCAACUCGCUUCCACCUACGUUUUCUUUCAUUUCCACUUUUAACACCAUACAAGAUGUCUGAAUUUCCCUUUUUUUAAAUGCAAAUUUUUUGUUAUCAAUACAAGGUUGAUAGAAUAAUAUUCUUUGCUGUGCACUGACUGGAAUGUGGCCAGUAGUACUGCAUUCUUAAGACACAUCGGGCAGGUUUUAAUUUAGCUCUCUUCCUGGCAUUUGUCUCUAUUUUAAACAAAGAGGAAAUGAAUUUGUGAUUAUGUGAUGCACUAAACAUUUCUACGACUGUCUUCUCUGCUGUGGUUUCAUAGGCAGACAUGAAAACAUCUUAAAAAAUGCAGCCUCCCCUUUGGCAAAAGAGCCUGUCACUUUGAAAGUAUGCAAAUACAUUUUAUCAUACUA